AUGCAGAAAGAGUUCCCCGUGUUCUCGUUACUGAAUUCAGCUUUAAAUACGAUCAGUGCGGCUCUGUUAAUCCAGCGCUGGUACCGUCAGCAUGUUGCACGGCUGGAGAUGAGACGCAGGUGCACGUGGAACAUCUUCCAGUCUAUCGAAUAUGCAGGAGAGCAAGACCAGAUCAAGCUCUACAAUUACUUUGGCUUCUUGAUGGACCACUUCACCCCAGCCAGCAGUGAAAGAAACCUUAUAUCCCACAUAUUUCGUAAGAAUGAAAUCUGUCUUGACACAGAGUGGGAGAGAUAUUUUUGCUACAAGAGCAUUGAGGUGACAAAAAGCUACACAGGCCCCCAUCUGACGUUCCCCGUGACGUUCUGUGGGGUGUCAAAGCUGGUGGAGGCCUUCAAGCACAAAGAACAGCUUCAUGCUCGAUAUGUUCUGCAGCUUCUUGGAGAGACUUGGAGACUUCUGAGAACUUUCCCCAACAUCAGUCACGUCAUCGCCUGCCAUACAAAGCCCAUUACCAUAUGCGGGGAUCUACACGGGCACCUUGAAGACCUGUUGUUGAUAUUCUACAAGAACGGUUUGCCGUCCUCUGAUAAACCAUAUGUUUUUAAUGGAGACUUUGUGGAUCGUGGUAAAAACUCUUUAGAGAUUCUUCUCACCCUAUUCGGCUUCCUGCUGGUCUACCCCAAUGACGUCCAUCUGAACAGAGGGAACCAUGAGGACCACAUUGUUAAUCUGAGAUAUGGCUUCACUAAAGAAGUUUUGGGAAAAUACAGCGUGCAUGGCAAGAAGAUCCUAAAGCUCCUCCAGAUGAUUUUCAGCUGGCUACCUUUGGCCACAGUGAUUGAUAACAAAGUGCUGAUUGUUCACGGUGGGAUCUCUGACACCACAGACCUUGACAAGAUAGCUAGAGUGGACAGACAAAAAUAUGCAUCGGCUCUCAGGCCUCCUAAAAUGAAAUCUGACUCAUACCUGGAGUCUAAAACAACAGAGACAGAUUUGGAUGAGUGGAAACAAGUAAUGGAUGUAUUGUGGAGUGACCCAAUGCCUCAAAAUGGAUGCAUUCCCAAUGAGGUGCGAGGCGGAGGCUGCUACUGGGGGCCAGAUGUCACUGAGGAGGUGCUGCGAAGAAACAACCUGCAGCUCCUCAUCCGCUCCCACGAGUGCAAACAGGACGGAUACGAGUUCUGCCACAACCGCAGGGUGAUUACUAUAUUUUCAGCGUCUAAUUACUACGAGGUGGGCAGCAACAGAGGCGCCUUCAUCAGAAUGGGACCUGACCUGGUCCCCCACUUCAUUCAGUAUCAGGCCAGCACCACAUGCAGAGAGCUCACCCUGAGACAAAGUGUUGGGUGGACGGAGAGAUCCGCUCUGCAAGCUCUGAGGGAACAACUUUUCGUACAUAGGUCUGAUCUCAUCAGUGCCUUCCAGGAGUUUGAUCCUAACAACAAAGGGAUGAUCUCUGUGACACACUGGGCUAGCACCACAGAGAGAGUCCUGAAUCUGGGUCUGCCCUGGAGGGUGCUGCGCCCUCAGCUUGUCAGCAGCACCCAGCGUGGCAUGAUGGACUACCAGCAGUGGAUAAAGGAGCUUUCAAUCACUGAACCCAAAUUAGAGAUCUCAGAUAACAGUAUCCUGGAUACGAUGUACAAGAACCACUCCAAUCUGGAAACCAUUUUCCGGAUCAUAGACACAGAUCAUUCAGGUUUAAUCUCAUUCAAGGAGUUUCAUCAGACCUGGGAACUCCUGCGCUCUCAUCUGAAGACAGAGAUUAGUGCCAAGGCUAUUGCAGACCUGGCCCAGAGCAUCGACUUCAACAAGGACGGGAGCAUCGACAUCAAUGAGUUCCUGGAGGCUUUCAGGCUGGUGGACAUAUCAGCACAUAACUGAGUCUGGACCAGGAGCUGUACCUGCUGCAUAGAAAACACCCAGAACCGAUUUG